GAGCUUGCUGGAGUUUCCUUGGGUUGUGUGCGCGCCUCUCGAGCGAAGUUACCGUUACCGUUUUACUAUGUGUGUGUCUUAUAUUACAGCAAUGCUGCCCUGCACAUCAGUGGCCAGAGAGAGAGAGGGGAGAAGGGAGGAAAAGCCUGUUUACACAGACUGCAAACCGCCUGGGGAAUAAUGCAGGAAAGGAAGUGAGCCGGCUCUCUGUCUGACUGCUCCAACUUCCUGCUCUCUCUCACUCCGGCACACACAUACACACACACACACGCACAUAGACACACCAGCCCGGGGGGUGGGGGGGCGGUGGAAGGGAGUAAAGAAACAAGGUUGGGGGGGAAAUCGGGAUCUCAUUACAAGAGCAACAGAGCGUUUUAGAGGACUGUCAGCAUGGAAAACCGGGGGAUUUUACGCAGCUCCCUCUAAGGCGGCGAGAAGAGGUUGGAGAAAGCCCACCAGACUCUCCGGGAAUGGAGAGUGCAAUCACGUUGUGGCAGUUCCUGUUGCAGUUACUUCUUGACCAGAAGCAUGAGCACCUUAUUUGUUGGACAUCCAAUGAUGGUGAAUUUAAGCUGCUUAAGGCAGAAGAAGUGGCUAAGCUGUGGGGUCUCAGAAAAAACAAAACUAAUAUGAAUUAUGACAAACUGAGCAGAGCUCUGAGAUACUACUAUGAUAAGAACAUCAUCAAGAAGGUGAUUGGGCAGAAGUUUGUGUACAAGUUUGUGUCCUUUCCUGAGAUUUUAAAGAUGGAUCCUCAUUCUGUGGAAAUCAGCAGGGAGAGCCUUUUGCUGCAGGACAGCGACUGCAAGAUGCCUCUUGAGAACAGAGAACAACACAAGCACAGCUUGUCGGUCCUGAAAAAUGCAAGCCGUAAUGAAUAUAUCCAUUCAGGGUUAUAUUCGUCUUUCACCAUCAACUCGCUACAAAACCAGCCAGAAACUCUCAAGCAGAUCAAAACAGAAAAACAAGAGGAGAAACUGGAAGAGGCGUCAUCUUUGGAAGAAGUCCGGACUGUUAUCAGAUUUGUGACAAACAAAUCAGACAAGCAAGUCAUGAGGCCCACGGUGUCAUUACCAUCAACUUCAGAGGCAGUAGCUGCCUCUGCUUUUUUAGCAUCCUCCGUCUCUGCAAAAAUAUCCUCUUUAAUGUUGCCCAGUGCAGCCAGCAUCUCUUCAGCUUCACCAUCUUCCUCCCGGUCCCCAUCUCUGUCUCCUAACUCGCCCCUCUCCUCGGAACACCGAAGCCUCUUUUUGGAGUCCCAUGGCCAGGAUUCUGAUUCUCUUGAGCCACUGAAUCUCUCUUCAGGAUCCAAGGCAAAGUCUCCUUCUCUUCCCCCAAAGGCUAAGAAACCCAAAGGUUUAGAGAUCUCUGCGCCUCCAAUGGUUCUUUCCAGCACAGACCUUGGCUCAAUUGCCCUCAAUAGCCCUGCACUCCCUUCAGGAUCUCUCACUCCAGCUUUCUUCACUGCCCAGACCCCAAAUGGAUUGCUGUUGACCCCAAGUCCUCUGCUUUCCAGCAUUCAUUUCUGGAGCAGCCUCAGUCCUGUCGCUCCUUUGAGUCCUGCCAGGCUGCAAGGACCAAACACCUUGUUCCAGUUCCCAACUCUGCUAAAUGGUCACAUCCCAAUGCAAAUUCCCAACUUGGAUGGGACCUCAUCACCAGUUCUCCUUUCUCCAAAUGCUCAUAAAUCCUGAUGUCUCAGCUAAUUAAGGACUCGCUAACAAACUGGAUUUAACACAGCCAUUCUCAUGGGUUUCACUUUUCUGAUGAUUGCAGGAGGACAUGAUGAAACCCUCUUAUUAUGGUUUGCACUUUUCAUUACAUGGAGGAUCUACUUGUAUGAUGUUUAUUUAGCAUUUUUAAACAGUGUUUUUGUAUAAGAAAUCUGUUGUGCAUUAAAAUGAAUUAUAAUUUUUAUAGCCUUGCUCUCCAAGUGUUGAACACUGUUACUGAAGUAUCUUUCUUAAUAGAUUUCAAAACAGUAUCUAAAGGAUGUGAAACGUUUAAAUCUUAUAUUUCUGCAUAUUAUGCCUCAUGCUUGUGUAAACUAUAACCGGCUGUGCCUUCUUUUGCAUAAUGUUAUAUAAAUGAUUUAUAUAUUUCCAGUAUUAAGAUAAAGGCUGAAAAGGAAACAAUUACUGAACAAUCCCCCUUUUCUAGUAUUUCAGUAUUGCCUUUUGUGGUAGGCCAAACAGUGCUGUGUAUUCAUGUAAUUUUGUGCUUUCCAUUUAUAUAAAGAUUCUUUCUAUUUCCUUGCUAAACUGAGGCCGUAGUAAAUGUUCUGGCCAGUAAGUGUGUUUAAUAGGACACUAUUUAGAUGUAGGUGCUUGAACUCUUUUCUGAGGUAAGAGGAACGUGGUCUUAAAAUAUUUGCGACUUAUGGGCAUUGAAGGAUGUAACCUUGCUCAGUACCAUUUAUUUUCAUAUAGCUGUGAAGUAGGCAUCAAACUGAUCCUUGUUUUCUUGACUCUGUUCAAGGUGAUAUUUUCACAUAUUGUAUUCGCGAAGGCUUUCACGGCCGGGAUCAAAUGGUUGUUGUGGGUUUUUCGGGCUUCUUGGCCGUGUUCU